AAGCGCCUGCCGAAGCGGAAAUUGGCGCUGCUCCUCGGCUACCGCGGCGCGAACUACUACGGCCUCCAGAAGCAGUCGAAGGAGUCGGACCUGCCGACGAUCGAGCUCGCGCUCCAGGAGGCCCUCAACCGCGCCGGCGCCGUCCACGAGGGCAACCAGGGCGACCUGUCGAAGAUCGGCUGGAGCCGCGCCGCGCGGACGGACAAACGCGUGUCCGCGGCGCGCCAGGUCGUCUCCGCGAAAUUGGAGGUCGAGAACGACGACGUGCCCGCGCUCCUGGAGCGGCUCAACGGCGAGCUGCCCGACGACAUCAAGGUCUUCGACGCCGUGCGCGUCAUCAAGGGCUUCAACUGCAAGCAGUCCUGCGACCGCCGCCACUACACGUACCUCCUCCCGACGUUCCUCCUCGCGCCCGACGAGGCCAUCGACGCGGCCUUUGAUGCCGUCGCGCAACGGCUCGCGCCGCACCGCGCGGCGCCGACGCUGCUCGAGCGGCUCCGCGGCUUCCUCGCCGCCUACGUGGGCACGCGCAAGUACCACAACUUCACGAACAAGCUCAAGCCCACGGACAUGGCCGCGCAGCGCUUCAUCGUGUCGUUCACGGCCGACGACCCGACGUACCCGUCGGGCGACGCGGCCGACGGCGCCGAGUGGGUCAAGCUCGACGUCGUCGGCCAGUCCUUCCUCAUGCACAUGAUCCGCAAGAUGGUCGCCGUC